AUGUCCGACACUGCUCCAGUUGCUGCUCCAUCUUCGCCCAAGGCCCCAGCUUCGCCCAAGGCUAGCCCAAAGGCCACCAAGAAGGCCAAGGCCCCUAAAGCCAAGGGAGCCGCCAAGCCUAAGGUCCCAGCUUCUCACCCAACCUACAUUGAGAUGAUCAAGAAGGCCGUCGGUGAAUUGAAGGAGAAGAAGGGCUCCAGCCGUGCUGCUAUCCUCAAGUACAUCGUUCAACACUACAAAGUUGGAGACAACCUUGUUCAGGUAUGUUUCGGGAUGUAUAGUAGAUAGAUUAGAUGGUUUUGUGGAGUUAGAUAGUUAGUUUUGAUAUUUAAUAGUUAAUUUUUGUAUUCUAGUUGCAUUUUAAAGAAUUUUUGGGUUUAAACUUUAAAAAAAAUAUUUUUGUUGCCUAAUUUAAAAAUUAUUUGUAGAAUGGCUAAGAUUAGGUAACACUUUUCUUAAAGUUCAAUUACAAGCCAAUUUAAUUUUAAAAUUACAUAUUCUUAUUAUUGAAAUUUCAGAUCAACGCUCACCUCCGCCUGGGAUUGAAGCGUGGUGUUGCCAGUGGCUCGUUGAAGCAAGUUAAGGGAGUUGGUGCCUCCGGCUCGUUCCGUCUGGCUGAUGCCCCCAAGAAGGCCGCUUCACCCAAGAAGAAGGCCGCGGUCAAGAAGUCCCCAGCCUCGCCCAAGCCAAAGAAGACUGCCGCUAAGAAGGCCGCCAAGCCCAAGAGCCCCGCUAAGCCUAAAGCCCCUAAGGCUAAGAAGACCGCCGUCGCUAAGAAGCCAGCCACGAAGAAGGCCGCCUCGCCCAAAAAGCCAGCCGCCGCCAAGAAAGCACCAGCCAAGAAAGCCGCGCCCAAGAAGAAGGCUGCCCCCAAGGCCAAAGCCUAA